GAGAGAAAAUCUCACAUGGUCGGUCGCAAGUUUUAACGUUUUUAACCUUAUGAUUUCUCGCUAAGAACGACGACGAUGACGUGGCCACGGUUAAAAAGAAGAGCUUUGCCUUGAACCCUCACACCACCUCCCUUCCUUUCCUUCCCCAAAAUUCAUCAACCAGAAGACUGCUUCCCUACCUUCUUGUUCUCUCGCUGAAAAAUUUGUUCUUGACCGUUCAUGUCAACCAAAACCUUUUUCCUUCAACACCGUAGAAUUCGUGGGCCUUUCUUAGCCAUCAACCCCAUUUAGAUUUUUUCCCGUUUUGUAAUUAAUUACACACUCCCUUUCAUCACUAUGGGAAAACGGAAACGAAUCUCUGAUCAGACUGAGACCGAUCAUCAACCUCUCCUGUGUUCCUCUUCUACGGCGUAAUGAUAGAGGAAAGUGAAGAAAUGAAAUACUCUUUUGAGCUACUUGAAACGGUUCCAUUGAUGGGCACCUGAGAAAACGUGAUACGUCUACUUAUUUGGGCCGAUCUUAAUUAUUUCAGGUUAUGUGUAAAAAUAGUGACGUUAGGGUUCAGAAUUGGAAAUUUCGAGUGAUGUUUCAUCAUUUACAUGAGAUAAAUAUUUCCAUGAAAUUGUGAACCUGACAGCAAUGUAUUGGCUGCAUUAUCGCAUCAGACGAAAUCAUUUAACAGUCCUCUUCCCGUUUUAGUAACUUUCUAGAUUUUUUUAUUUGUUUCUAGUUUGUAAAUAGAAAUAUAAUUAUUUAUUGUUGUUCUUUUGAUUGACAUUGCAGAAGUCAUUCCAUGCUCCUCUGAGAUGGAACUAUUGUCAGAUGAGAAAUCUUCACAUUCAGGCGAUCCUGGUAUGCAUCCUCUGGCACCUGUUUUGGAUAUGACAGAUGAUCCUAUGAAGUUAUUAAAUGCCCAUCCAACUACAUCCCAUCACUAUCAGAGUCUCGGCCGUUCUAUGUUUUUGAAGCGCUCACGACAUUACUAUGGUCAUCAGUACUCUCGACGUAACUCUGCAAAUCAUGCCAAUGCAUCGUCUUCUUGUGGAAAGAACACUUCUUCGUAUGAUGAGAAGCUUUCUUUUAAGUUGGCUUCUCAAUCCAAGUCAGAAUCCAAACGUCACGCAGAAUUCAGAGACAAGAUAUUUUCCCGGCCAGAGAGAAUCCGGUCGAGUUCCUUAGCUGCAGACGCAGUAUCCUCUGAUGCAGUCAAGAUGGUAUGUGGGGUUUGUCAGAAGCCAUUAAAACGAAAAAAUUUCUUGCACGGGAAUCCUUUAUCUUCUUCCUACGACCAUUCUUCAAUUGUGGCAGUCCUGGUUUGUGGCCAUGCUUAUCAUGCAGAGUGCUUGGAUCAGAAAACCAGCUUUGAAGAAAGACGUGACCCUCCAUGCCCUGUGUGUGGGUCUACUUUUGCAGGAUGAUGACUUCAAAACUUGUUACUGAUCAUGAACAAGGUGAAAGAGUAGAGUUCUCUGCAAGAUCAUGACAUGAAAACUAGUUCUUAGUUGGGGAGCAGCCAGAGUUGCCUCACUUUAACCCGAGGAUAUAUCGGGGAUCUAGACUAAUCCGAGUCAUUGAUUUAUCGGGGAUCGGAGAUCUAGACUAAUCCGUGUCAUUGAUUUAUCGGGGAUCUAGACUAAUCCAGAUCAAGACACAAAAAGUAGUUGGUAUUGCUUGAAAUGGAAUUUGAGCGGUAGGAUAUGCAGUAUAGGGGUUUUAGUACGUUAGGGUCUGUAUUAUUGAGUUGGUGGCGCUUUGUGUAAAGAGAGAAAUAUUAGAUGGCAACUUAUGCUUCGCUUUGACGUGUUUUGAGAGUUGAGACUGAUACAAUGCAGUUGCUGGAGAUUUAUCAGAAUUCCAAUGACUGCCUAAUAAAAAUGCUAGCUUUUAUCUUUAA